GAGAGUCAAUCAUGGUUUUUGUGUUUAAUCCUUAGCUUUGGCUUGGUUGUACUGUCAGACGCGCAAAGACCGCCCUAUAUUCCACCGCCUGAAGUUGGGAGAAAAAGGAACGCUGAGGACAUACUUCAGGUAAAUAGACUUUUAGACUUAAGGACGUAGGUUUUUUCCAUAGCCAUAAAUUUUCUGACUUAUACUAAGUCAUAUGAGUUUAAAACCAUAUCGUACAAAAAAAAUUGUUUUGUAAGGAUCUACUUUUGUAAGUCUCAUUUCUCCGUUACGGAUGUCAUUUUGAGAGCAAUCUGGUACAUUUUCUUUGUCCAGUAACCCAGCUUGUCGCGGGGUAAAGAUAAUGAGGCAAAAAUCUUAGUGCCUUGUUGUCUUAGUGCGUAACACUAUUUAAAGAAUCGUAACUUUUUUCCAAGGAAAUCGUACGCAAUGCAGAUGAAGAUAGACUCUCGUAUCUUCCGCCGAUUGAAAUGGGAAGAAAGCGAGAAAGUAACCGCCGACUCAUGAUGGUAAGUCCUUUCAGGCUUGACACGUAUUUAAUUUGCGUUAUUUCCAUUCUCAGUAUCGCUUUUGCGAAGAGUUAGACUUUUGAACUGGCACCAAAGGAAAUUUUUAACGAACCAAGAAAAUGAAAGAAGGCGGAAAUGCCCCGGUCAAAUUAUUAGUAUUCAAUCUUUUCAAUUUGUUAAUAAGUAGUCAUAUCUCUACUCUCUUCUUAUUCGUUAAUUUCUGUAAUUAAUAGUUAUUCAACUGUUUGCGGGCAAAAAGAGCGCCGGUUUUUGUAUUCAAAUCGAUUGAUAGCAGAUUCGAGCGUAACAUUAAUUAUAUUAUUGACGUCAUACAUUUGUCCUGCGGGGCCAUCAGCUUAACUUGGGACAAGGCUAAAACUGAAAAAUUGACAAACGGGCGGGCGGAAGGAACCGAGCGAGAGACUGGGGGAAAGGUCAGCGUCCCCAAGUACCCACUCCCUUUUAAUUUUUCUCUCGCUGUCUCGGCCUAUAUUUAACCCAUGGAGGGCCUGUUCACGGGCUACUAUCAGCUUGUCACAUGGACCUCGAUUUAGCAAACCGAAAUGAAGGGAAACAUAGGAAUCGCCAUUCACAUAUUAAAUAUUUAAUAAAAAUUUAAAUAGUUCUUUUCAGAGGCUUUAUUUCGUAAAUUGACAGCUCAAUUUGAUCAAGAGCCUUUGAUUGAAUGAAUUCAUAUUGAGGCAAAUCUGGUGAUCGCAAUCCAGGCCAUAUAGCAAUGAAAUUGUGAAUGAUUGCCCUAUUAAAAAUUCAAAUAUAUAUUUUUUUGUUUCAGAAAAAGCAACGAUAUCAUCACCAUCAAUAA